GACUUUGACCAUAACAGAAAGAGAGGGGAAGAAAAGUCACACUUUCCUCCCUUCUUCCUCUCCAAAACCGGAACGCCCAUACUUAAAAGGCCAUCAACUUGCUCUCCUUUCACCUCAAACAAUUUCUCUCCAUACCCAAACUCUCCUCCCCAGGUUUCAAAGAACACCAAUUUAUCUUCCUUUCUCUUUGUUUUCUUCAUCAGAGACUGCUUAUAGGGCUUGUUGGGGGAUGUGCAGUGGUUCAAAGAGUGAACUUGUUCCCUCAAGUAUCAUCAUGGAAGGUGAAUUGCAUGAGCCUAAAGCUGGUGCUGCUUUGUGUAAAUGUUCUGUUUUGCUUGAAUUGGCUGCCUCUGAUGAUCUAGUAGCCUUCAAAAGUGAAGUAGAAGAGAAAGGUUUGGAUCUUGGCGAGGCAAGCUUCUGGUAUGGUAGAAGAAUAGGGUCAAGAAAGAUGGGGUUUGAGGAGAGGACACCCCUGACAAUCGCUGCCAUGUUUGGUAGCGUUGACGUUUUGAAAUACAUCAUCGGGAGUGGCAAGAUUGAUGUGAAUAGAGCUUGUGGUACUGAUGGGGUCACUGCCCUUCAUUGUGCUGUUGCUGGUGGUGCAAAUUCUUCCGCAAAGAUUGUCAAGCUCUUGCUUGAUGCAUCUGCUGAUGCUAAUUGUGUCGAUGCUAAUGGGAACAAACCUGUUGAUCUGAUUGUGCCAGCUUUGAAGUCUUUGAGUACUUCCAGAAGGAAGGUGAUUGAGUUGUUACUGAAAGGUGAUGAUAUCGUUGGUGUUAGUGAUCAUGUUCUUAACCCGGAAGAAGAAGUGUCUGAACAGACAGUUCUGCCUCAGUUGUUGAAAGAAGGGCCUGAGAAGAAAGAAUAUCCUGUUGAUGUAUCACUGCCUGAUAUAAACAACGGGGUAUAUGGAACUGAUGAGUUCAGGAUGUAUACCUUUAAGGUGAAGCCUUGCUCUAGGGCAUACUCCCAUGAUUGGACUGAGUGCCCUUUUGUUCAUCCUGGUGAGAAUGCAAGGAGGAGAGACCCAAGGAAGUACCCUUAUAGCUGUGUGCCCUGCCCAGAGUUCCGAAAGGGGGCAUGCCCUAAGGUUGAUGCUUGUGAGUAUGCCCAUGGUGUGUUUGAAUCCUGGCUUCAUCCUGCCCAGUACCGGACUAGGCUGUGCAAAGAUGAAAUCGGCUGCACGCGCAAAGUCUGUUUCUUUGCUCACAAACCUGAAGAAUUGCGCCCUGUGUAUGCUUCCACAGGUUCAGCCAUGCCAUCACCAAGGUCUGCCGCGGUCAAUGCCGUGGACAUGGCAACUUUGAGCCCUCUAGCACUUGGUUCAUCAUCCUUGCCAUUGCCUUCCACUUCGACACCGCCCAUGUCUCCUUUGGCUGCCUCCUCCUCUCCAAAGGCUGGAGGCUUGUGGCAGAACAAAAUCAACCUCACCCCACCUGUGUUGCAGCUACCAGGUAGCCGCUUGAAGACUGCUUUCAGUGCCAGAGAUUUGGAUUUGGAAAUGGAAUUACUUGGGCUAGAAAACCAUGCUAGCCAAUUGCAGCAGCAACAGUUGAUGGAUGAGAUAUCUAGCCUCUCCUCCCCAUCAUGCUGGAGUAAGGAAUACAGUCGGCUUGGGGAUUUGAAGCCUACUAACCUUGAUGAUGCUUUUGGAUCCCUUGAUCCUUCCCUGCUGUCUCCAUUGAAGGGACUGUCAGUAAAUUCUGCUACACCAUCCCAGUUGCAAUCUCCAACCGGGCUUCAAAUUCGCCAAAACUUGCACCAACUCCGUGCAAGCUACCCAACAAACGUUUCAUCCUCUCCAGUGAGGAAGCCCUCAGCCUUUGGGUUUGACUCAUCUGCUGCGGUGGCAGCGGCAGUAAUGAAUUCGAGGUCUUCUGCGUUUGCAAAACGGAGCCAGAGUUUUGUAGACCGUGGAGCAUUGACCACUCGUGCUGGACUUACUGCACCUGCUAAUUCCGCAACUAUGAUGUUUUCAAAUAUUUCUGAUUGGAGCUCCCCUGAUGGGAAAUUGGAUUGGGGCAUUCAAGGAGAUGAGCUGAACAAGCUUAGGAAGUCUGCUUCCUUUGGGUUCCGGAACAACAACCCUGCUACAACAGCAUCAAUAGACAUGAUGCCGUCCAACUUUGAUGAGCCAGAUGUUUCUUGGGUUAAUACCCUUGUGAAAGAUGUUACUCCUGUGGGAGGUGGGUUGCAGCAGCAGCAGCAGCGAUACAGUGGUCUUGGUAAAGGUGUUCGAGAAACGCUUCCACCAUGGGUGGAGCAAAUGUACAUAGAACAGGAGCAGAUGGUGGCAUAAGAAAAGAUCCGUUUGCUCAUGGCUUUAUUCUAACUUAUUGGAUAUUCUUCGAUUCUUAAUAGUAGCUGAUAGAGCUGUAGUUGGUGGUAGAAGGUGAAAGGUAAUAUAUCUUCAGACCAAUCAAGAAAGAAGCAAAACGUAUUUGGGCAGGAAGAUUUUAAGUCACUGCUCAUGUUAGAAUUAGGAGAAAAGAAGGUCCAAGCAACAAAGAGAGAUUUAUUGAUUUAUUUCAUAUUCUUAAUUCUUUUUCUUUUCCCUUCUGGGAUUGUUUUCUAUGUUUCUAGUAAAGAGAAGCUGUGGGGAUCAAUGACAGAGAAAAGUAUCAAGUUUCCUAUUUUCUCUGAUCUUCCAACAUGUACUGCAUUCAAUGACUCGUUGUAAUUUGUCUUUGAUGUGAUACAUUUAUUGUGUAUUGAUACUUAAAUUUUUCUUC